AUGCCCGGCGCUCCAUGGCGAUCCCAGGGAUGCAACACAUGCCGGAAAAGAAAGGUCAAGUGUGAUCUUCAACGGCCCGAGUGCGCUCGAUGUCUGCGGGGUGGACAUCAUUGCCAGGGCUAUGACCGAACGGCCAAAUUCAUCCAUACAUUUGUGGAACCCAAUGAUUCCCAGACUCGGGAAAUUCAGCAAAAGCCAAACAUCUCUGGGAACAAGUUGCAGCCGCCACCGGAUAAUGUUCCUAUAAUAUCCGUCGUCAAUGUAAAUGCUCAGAUUCGGUCUCAGCUAUUUUCGGUAUUCAUCGAUUCCUAUGUACCGUCUACCACCUCGGGCCAGAUCUCGUUCCGAUGUCAGAAAUCGUCCAAUUUGAUCGAGUCAUUUCCCUCAUUGAUGGAUCGACCGUGGAGCCAACUACUAGACAGAGCGAUUGCGGCCCUUGCAUCGGUCUUCGUGGGAAAGAAGUUCAAUGAUAAUCGCAUGAUCAAUCACGGAAUCAGAAUCUACAAUCAAGCGAUACAGAUCUUCGUCCGUUUAAUACCGCGCUCGGACCUUCCUGUUCAGGAGGUUCUCUGUGCCAACCUUAUAUUCCAAUUAUACGAACUUAUUAACUGCUCAUCCGGGUUCUCUGGAUGGAUGGCACACAUGGAGGGUGCCAAUGCCGUUCUCGCUCGACAUCAUCAGAAAUUGGAAGGAGACCAGAUGUCCAAGAUGCUAUUACGCCACCUGAAACUGGCAAAUAGCUUGUGGGGGGGUGCACGAUCUGAGCGAGAGACUCGAAGACUGAAGAAGUUGUGCUGGAGACUAAAGCACCGGCUUGAUUCAUGGUACGAACGAUUACGAUCAUUAUUCGGAGAUCCACUUUAUACAAGCAUUCCAGACGAAACCGACAUUUCUCGUUCCAAAAGAAGCAGAAGGAUUUAUCCUUAUCGAUAUCAAUUUCCAGCCGUGGAGAUUGCUGAAGCACAUUCCCUCUAUUGGGCAGCUCAACUUAUCACAUAUUCCCUCCUUUUUGGACUCGAGCUCCUUGGGGGAUCCUUCGCCCAGCACGGAAUACCCCUAUCUUUCCAAUCAACUUCCUCUAGCAACACUAACUCCAAGGAGUCUGCUCUAUACAUGGAAGAGUCCGAAUUCUACGCUGAUCAGAUCUGCCGCGGCGUGGCGUACUUGAUACAACCAAACAUGCAUAUACUCGGCGGAGAAAACCUGCUUUUCCCGGUAGCUAUGGCUGCCCAGUUCUUUCAUGGCAAUGGAUUUCAUGAUAAGUACGAAUGGUGCCAGGAGGUUUUCAUUACGUUGGAAUCACUUGGGAUAGGCCUCUCUCACGUGUUGCAGGGAACGCCAUGGUCAGACUAUAAAUCCGGCGAGGCAAGAGCAUUAUAA